CCCUUUUACAUAACGCCGCCUCCGCUGCUGCUAGCGUGCAGUUUGUUUAUGCUGCUGUUGUGAUUUCGCUAGCUCGUUAGCCGGCUUCCCUCCGCUGUCGGGCCAGCCCUGGUGGCCCCAGUCUGUCCCAGUGGAUGUUUGCCAAGCGGUUCGCAGAGCCAGCGACGUGCUGGACGCCGGCGAGCUGUUGCCGUGCACGCCGUAACGGCAGCACGCUGCCGCUGCGACGGGGCGAGCGCAACUUCAGCCUCGGCGUGACAGCCGCGCAGCGCACGUGCGCGUGAAGGACCGAUGGGCGUUAAAAGCACACCGAAACAGUGUGUUGGGAUGUAUAAAGGGUAGCGUUUGGGAGUCAAGUCGUGCGCCGCUGCUCUGGUGCAGGCGCGGAGGAGGAGGGGUGUGACGGGCGGCCGGAGCAGCGGGUUACACGGUCCUCAGCUCCGCAGCCGCACAGCUUCGUGCCUUUUGUUCCCAUCGAUCUGAUGCGAGCUUACACCUGCGCGUCCUUUACUCAGUUCGUGCAGCUUCGUCCCAUCGCAGCGUUUGUUCAUAAGCAGAGGAGUCAAAUCUAUCACAUUCGCGUCUGGCAGAGGCCGCCGGUGGUUGUGAGAAGCUCCGUGAGCGGAGCGGUUUUACACCCAGUGGAGGAUGGAGUGGGCUGGAGGCAGCGGUGGGGUCCUGCCUGGUGUGUUGGACGUCCGCUCCUGCACAGUUGGAGUGAUGUAGGAAAAGCAGCUUGCCAGGUGUGACAGAGGAGCACGUAGAGAGGUGACACUUCAUUGAUCUGCUGUGAAUGGGAACACGCACGCACGCACGCACACGUGAAUUCCAUAGGCUGUAAAAUGAAACAACACCACCAUUAAAGCUGGGGAAUCAGUGCAACUGCUAAUGAUAUGACUAUUACUGCAGCAUUCCCAGCGUUCAGUGGGUGAACUUUGGCAGUGGGUGUGUGGGUGCAGCACACUGGCCCUGUGGUUUGAGGUGUUGGUGGGAGGCAGAUUCAAGACAUCAAACAUUGCUUUUAUCAAAGCUCUCUCUUCUCUUUCCAGCCAGAAGUUGUAUGUAUUUUUAAUAAGCAGCCUAGCUGGGAACUGAAGGAAUUCACAUCUACAAGGUGUCUGUCACUUGAUGUUAAGGCGAUGAACCAGAGUCUCUGAGGUAGAAGCUUCUUCUUAAUGUGCCGUCAGCCAAUAAAGUUGUGCUUUAUUGCUUAGAGUGAAAGUUAUAAGACAGUCUUGUUUGUUAUUUUGCUUCUCUUUUAAUGCUCCCAUGUCACAAAUAGUUCAGUCUUCAACCUUUCCCCUGUUUCUCUUGAAUCACUGUUUACUUGACAAUCUGCAGGGAGGUGUGCAUUCAUGCAAGCGUUUACCCCAGAGUGUGUUAGAUCAGAUUGGACCUGGAGGACCUGGCAGCAGCAUUAAAGUGAAGGAUGUUCUGACUUCCCUGUGGUCCCACACAUAAUGAUUAAUGAGUUAAGUAAUGUGCCUGUUCCAGUUAUGCUGAUGCCAGAUGACUUUAAAGCCUACAGUAAGAUCAAAGUGGACAACCACCUAUUUAACAAAGAAAACCUGCCUAGUCGCUUUAAGUUCAAAGAGUACUGUCCCAUGGUGUUCAGAAACCUGAGGGAGAGGUUCUGCAUCGAUGACCAGGACUACCAGAACUCUCUGACGAGGAGCGCCCCACUCAACAGUGACUCCCAGGGUCGCUUCGGCAACCGCUUCCUGUCCAGCUAUGACCACCGCUUCGUAAUCAAAACUGUGUCCAGUGAGGACAUUGCUGAGAUGCACAACAUCCUGAAGAAGUAUCACCAGUUUAUAGUGGAGUGUCAUGGCAACACGCUGCUCCCUCAGUUCCUGGGCAUGUACAGGCUAACGGUGGACGGGGUGGAGACGUACAUGGUGGUGACGCGGAAUGUAUUCAGCCAUCGCCUCACUGUUCACCGCAAAUAUGACCUGAAGGGUUCUACAGUCUCAAGGGAAGCCAGCGACAAGGAGAAGGCUAAAGAACUUCCCACUUUUAAAGAUAAUGACUUCCUGAAUGAAGGACACAAGCUGCAGAUAGGCGACGACAACAAGAAAUACUUUUUGGAGAAGCUAAAACGGGAUGUAGAGUUCCUAGCCACCCUGAAGAUCAUGGACUACAGUCUCCUGGUGGGCAUCCACGACGUAGAGCGGGCGGAGCAGGAGGAGAUGGACGUGGAGGGCGUGGGCGAGGAGGAGGAGUACGAGAACGACGGCGGUGCCCUCACCGGCUCCUUUGGGACGCCUCCCGACAGCCCUGGAAACCCACUCAACUGUGGAGGAUUUUUUGGCCCCGGGGAGUUUGACCCCUCUGUGGACGUUUACGCAAUCAAAAGCCACGAGAGUGCUGUGAAGAAGGAGGUGUACUUCAUGGCUAUCAUCGACAUCCUGACGCACUAUGACGCUAAGAAAAAAGCUGCACAUGCUGCCAAAACUGUGAAACAUGGGGCGGGAGCUGAAAUCUCGACGGUGAACCCGGAGCAGUACUCUAAAAGAUUCUACGAGUUCAUGUCCAACAUUUUAUCAUAGACUCCUCCGUCUCCUCAGUCCAGCCCCACGCACUUAUUUCUCCUUCUCCCCACCUCAGUGUAGAUCCAUGCUCCCACCUCCCUCUCCACCUUCUUACCUACCAGCAUCCUCCCACAGCCAGGACAAGUCUGGCAGGAAAAGAUGCACCGAGCCUGUUACAGUGUCCCACCACACCGCCUCCACCUCUACCUUCCCGGCUUUCAUUUGCUGCAUUGAAAACUCAAUUUGGAAUGACAUCCUGAUAAUCUCCCUGUCGUCGUCGUCGUCGUGUUUUGCUUUUUUUGUUUGUCUCUGCUUCUCCAACUCAGCCACGUUGUUAAUCCUCACGCCAGCACAAAACUGUCUCACUAAUGCCUUGAACGAAUGUGUCGGCUUCAGCAGAUAACAGUUCAUUCGUACGGUCUGUUCAGUUUCUGUCCAUGUUGCUGUCGUUCUUAUUAUCUCAGUUUGACACAGGACACACACAAAUGCAUCACACAGAUGUGAGCAAUUUGCACAGAUGCAGAAUGGUAAGAUUGCAUGACAAACUCUACAACAGCAGCCAUCAGGCGCCCUCCUCUGUAACAAUACAAAGUACUGCUAACCAAUUGGAAUGACGAAACAAACCCAAUAAUAUGUAACAAAUGCAAUAUCAAAAAUGCAUGGCUGAUGUGUACAUGAGACUCCAGUACCAGUACGUUGAAGCGUCACACCACUGCAACUUAGCAUCUGAGUGUUAAAGCUAGAAACCACAAAACAAACAAAAAAAAUUGGUGUUUGAAUGUUACGUUGUCAUAUUGUUUUUGAAACUUCAGCUGUGAGCUUGGUGGAGGUCAUUCAGAGGGGAAAAAAUUCAUACAAAGCGGAAUUCUGCAGCAAAGCAGCAAAUACUUGUUUUAUUACCGUAAGGCUCAUUUUUAUAUCUUGUUUACAUUAAUGUAGCAAUUUUGUGUUUGUAUACAGUAUUGUUUUGUUACCAACCGACAUUAGAGAAAAAGGUUACUUGAAAAUGAUUCAUUGCAUAUUAAAAGGGAGUUUUAUCUUGUU